AUGAUUCCAAUAUUUCAAAAAUUAUCAUUUUUAUAUCAGCCAUAUUUAUUAUUUAUUUUAUCGUUGGGAUAUAAUUUGGCUGAAUUAGGACGAUCGUUAAUUGGAACAUCAUCAAAAGCAACAGCUCUCGAUUUACAUUAUGGUGAUAUUUCGUGUCAGUUGAAUACAACAGAAUUUGAUACUAAAUAUUUACCGAUGGAGUGCGAUGCAGCAAACAGUUCCGAUAUAUGUUUAUCGUUGGAAUAUAAUGGUACAAAUUAUUGUGAAUGGAACUAUAAUGGAUUGGGAAUCGAUUACCAAAUAUUGGCUGGUCCAAGUUUUUUCACUGUUUAUACAAUAGCUGGAUUAUUUAUUGGAUUUGCAGCAGAUCGAUCAAAUCGUGUCCGUUUAUUAUCAAUUUGUACAUUAAUAUUUUCAAUUGCUAUAUUUUUUAUGGGAUCUGUUCAACAAUAUUGGCAAUUAGUUUUAUUACGGAUGCUGUUAGCUAUUGGAGAAGCAGGUUGUAAUCCAUUGGCUACCGGUAUCCUCUCCGAUAUAUUUACCGAAGAACAACGUGGAUUGGUUAUGUCAAUAUUUAAUUGGGGUAUUUAUGGUGGAUACGGUAUCGCCUUUCCAAUUGGAAGAUACAUGCCAGAUUUAAAUAUAUGGGAUUUGGGUUGGCGUAUAAUGUAUUAUGGAACCGGAAUUGUUGGAUUAAUAUUUGCAAUUUUAACUGGAUUUACAUUGAAAGAACCAGAACGUGUUGAUACUGUUACUGUGACAAAACACUCCGAGGAAGAUGCAAAAGCUAAAAAACAUAAAAUUUUAGCAGUUGUUACCGAUCCUAAGUUAGUUUUGUUAUGUUUGGCAGCUUCGGUACGUCAUUGUGGUGGUUUAUGCCUCGGCUACAAUUGUGAUUUAUACUUCCGUGAAUAUUUCCCUGAAUACGAUAUGGGUUGGUGGUUAUUCGCUGUAACAAUUGGUGUUGGUGGUAUUGGUGUUAUAUUUGGAGGUAUUGUCAGUGAUAAAUUUGUUGGAAAGAUGGGUGUACGAUCACGUGUUGCGUGUUUAGCCAUCAGUCAAUUAAUUGCUACACCAUUUGCCUUUGGUAGUGUGGCAUUUGAACCAUUUUGGGCGAUGAUUCAUUUGAGCAUAUCAUAUUUCUUUGCUGAGAUGUGGUUUGGAAUUUUGUUUGCUAUUUUGGUAGAAGUUGUCCCAUUAAAAGUGCGAUCAACAACCGUCUCUAUAUUUUUAUUCGUCAUGAAUAAUAUUGGAUCGAAUUUACCAAUUUUAGUGGAUCCCGUAUCAAAAUAUUUUAAUAGUUACAGAAUAGCUUUAUAUAUUUUCUACGCUGGAGCUUAUGCACUUAGUUCAUUAUUGUUUUUAUUAACAAUGUUCUUAAUGGAUGGUCCACCACCAACGGAGAACAAUAACAAUUUAAAACAUGACAUGGGCCAUGAAAAUGGUAUAUGUACAACAAUUGAUGAAACUAAUUUACAUACAAUACAAAAUCCUAUUGUUGCAACAGCACCAAAUGGUCAAACAUCAAAUGGUCAAACACCAAAUAGUAAUGGACAUGCAAACAAUAAACAGCAUACAAUUGAAAUGAGUCGAUUAUAAUAUAUUAAUUUAUUUAAUUAUUAUU